AUGGUGUUUGGAUUGGGUGGUGGCGCUCCCUCCAAACGAAAGGGUCGAGGAGGAUUGAGUUACAGCAUUCGCAAUGCUCAUUCUCCUCGGAGAGGCACAAGAAAUACUUCUAGCAGUUCGACUGGCACCAACACUGGCUAUCAAAUUUUUGUCGUCUUGCUGACGGCCUGUAUCACCACAUUUCUCGUCAAGGCAUUGGUAGGGGAUUCGCAAAAUAUCAACGCCGUUUGGGAAUCCAAAACUACAAGCAGUCAUCCAACCAGGGAAGCCACAGCUUCCAGUCCAACCGCCACAGUGGCCUAUGUGAUUUCUUUGGCCGGAUUCACCAUUGUUAUCAAGGAUCCACCCGUGCAUCCCCACGAAAUCAAAGGCAGUGAUCAUCUCAAAAAGCAUAUUCACAAGGAGAAUCAUCCCUACGAUGGCGGAUUCUCGCGAGAAAAUGGAUGGGGCAAUGCCGGCUAUGGUGGCUACGUUGGUGCCAUGGCCAUGCAGGGACUCGUCGCGUACUAUUAUGAUGUCGUACGUCCCAAUACCAGUUUGGAACUGAAUUCCUGUCGCUUCAAUCACAUGGGCAUGGACAAUUUGUAUCGAGCGCAUCCCAAUUUCAAAGCGCGCAGUGAAUGGGUGGGCAAAUGCCGGAGUACACGACCUGAUUGUCAAGAUUGUACCAUUACCAAUGACACGCAAAUAUACAAUGUCCACUACACGCAAUGUCGCAAACCCUGGAACUGUGUGUCGGAAGGAACCCCCGGCGGCAGCAAGGGCAAAACCAUUGAUACCACGACGGGGAAAUUAGAACAUUGCCUUCCUCUCAUCAAGAAAUGGCAUGAUGUGAGAAAAGAUUUGCAAACCAAAUUGUACCAACUCAGCAAGGAUGAACGCAUUCUAGAUGGAUCCAAGGGUACCCACAAGAAGGAUCUCUUUCAUGGUCAUUGUAGUGAAGAAGGGUCGACUGGAUACUUGCAAAUUCAAGCCAAAAAUGAAACCUUUGCAAAACUACCCACUCUCUACGGUGACAAGAAUCGUUAA